GGGGUCCUUCCGUGCGCGUUGAUAUGAUUGGCCGACGAAGACUGGUCCUCUUUUCCUCUCUGGUUGCUUGAGGAUCACCGGCCAUCAUGAAUGACACGGUAACCAUCCGGACCAGGAAAUUCAUGACCAACCGACUACUUCAGCGGAAACAAAUGGUCAUCGAUGUUCUUCACCCUGGAAAGGCAACAGUACCUAAGACAGAAAUUCGGGAAAAACUAGCCAAAAUGUACAAGACUACACCAGAUGUCAUCUUUGUAUUUGGAUUCAGAACCCAUUUUGGUGGUGGCAAGACAACUGGCUUUGGCAUGAUUUAUGACUCCUUAGAUUAUGCAAAGAAAAAUGAACCCAAACACAGACUUGCAAGACAUGGUCUGUAUGAGAAGAAAAAGACCUCCAGAAAACAGCGAAAGGAACGCAAGAACAGAAUGAAGAAAGUCAGGGGGACUGCAAAGGCCAAUGUUGGUGCUGGCAAAAAGAAGAAAUGAAGUGUCUGGCAGUGAGCUGGAGAUUGGAUAACAGAAGGAGUAAAGACUCUUCAAUGACUUGAUCCGUGAUUGUGCAGAUUUUACCAGAGGAUUAAUAAAACUAAAAACUUUGAUAUGUUUGGUUGUUUGAAAUAUAUUUGAAGUUUACUGAAGUGUUACAAAAUCAGUUCUGCUGUUAUGACAGAUUUAGAUUGAUGCUCAGGGUUCACAUUAAACAUUCCAUCAUGAAAACUCAA